UGGCUCGAGACUGCCCGCAGAAGGGGCGAAAUCUGCCAACCACACGGGCCAGUCAUCAGCCGAGGCACUUCUUAGCCGAUGGCAGGGCGUGGCCGCAGCGCUUGCCUCGGCGCGGUGCUGGCGCUGCUGGCGCUGUGGGCGGCCGGCAGCGCCUGCGCGGAUGCGGUGGCGUUCGUGACGGCCGGCCUGGGCUGGGCCCCGCGGAGCGGGCGCACCGUGGCCAUGCAGGCCAUGAGGGGGUGGACCGCUGGCAACGUGCAGAAGGGGAACAAGGGUGCCGGCGGCCCGGCCAACAUGGGCGCCGCCAAGAAGGAGAAGAAGAGCAAGGAGAAUGACGAGGACCAGAAGACAAAGGUUCUGCCGACCUACAACAACGUCCCCGUGAUCUUCAACGGCAACAAGGUGACCGCGAUUAACGGCACCAUUAAGGAGUACAAGGUCGACAUCUGGUCGGGCGCUCACCCAGUGUGGCAGGGCAAGAAGAACAAGGUGAUGUUGGACGCCGGUUCGCUCACCAGGUUCCAGGACAAGUACGGGGCCAUGGCCAAUAUCUUCGGCGAUACCGGCCUCGAGCAGCUGGAAGAGAACAAGAGGGUGAAGGCUGAGAUGGAGGAGCGCCGGAAACAGGGCCUGCAGGUCUACUGAGUCCUGUCGCUGCCGUGCCAGUGCCAUGGGCAUUGCAGAAGGGUCAAGGGUGAGGAGGAGGGGAGGGAGGAGGGAGAGGAAUGACGGGGACGAUGAAGCGGACCCUGUUCUCAGGAUCCCUUCCCCCUCGAAGCGCGGCGGCACCGCUCGCGCGGCGUGGGGCCGUUUGGCCGACCCGUGCGCGCGCGCCCGCGGGCAACGCGCUGCGCCCGCCGCCGACGUCGCGCGCGCGCGAGCGCGGCUGAGUUCGACGAUCCCCUCUCCUCCGCCCUUCCUCCUCCUCCUCCUCCCGCCUCCUCCCCC